CCGGGGACCUGAGGAGGAUGAGCUGGCUCUUUCCCCUGAACAAGAGCGCCUCCUCCGCAACUGGGUCUCCCAGUGGCCUCACCAGCCUUCAGCAGCAGAAGCAGCGCCUGAUCGAGUCCCUCCAGAACUCACACUCCAGUAUAGCUGAAAUACAGAAAGAUGUGGAGUACAGAUUACCAUUCACUGUAAACAACCUGACAAUUAACAUUAAUAUAUUGCUUCCUCCACAAUUUCCUCAGGAAAAACCAGUGAUCAGUGUUUAUCCACCAAUACGGCAUCACUUAAUGGAUAAACAAGGAGUGUAUGUUACCUGUCCAUUAGUAAACAAUUUUACAAUGCACUCAGAUCUUGGAAAAAUUAUUCAAAGUCUAUUGGAUGAGUUUUGGAAGAAUCCUCCAGUUUUGGCUCCCACUUCAACAGCAUUUCCAUACCUAUAUAGUAACCCAGAUGGGAUGCCUCCUUAUGCUUCUCAGGGUUUUUCAUAUCUUCCUCCAUACCCCCCACAAGAAGCUAACAGGACCAUCACCUCUGUAUCUGUUGCUGACACUGUUUCUUCAACCUCAAGUUAUAUCACAGCCAAACCCACUGCUCCUUCAUUUGGUUUCCUUUCAAAUCUGCCGUUACCUGUUCCCACAACAGACAUUUCUGCACCGGUAAGCCAAAAUGGUUUUGGAUACAAGAUGCCAGAUGUCCCUGAUACAUUUCCAGAACUCCCAGAACUAAGUGUGUCACAACUCACAGAUAUGAAUGAACAGGAGGAGAUAUUACUAGAACAGUUUCUUACUUUACCUCAACUAAAACAAAUUAUUAAUGACAAGGAUGACUUAGUAAAGAGUAUUGAGGAGCUGGCAAGAAAAAAUCUCCUUUUGGAGCCCAGCUUGGAAGCCAAAAGGCAGACUGUUUUAGAUAAGUAUGAAUUACUUUCACAAAUGAAAUCUACUUUUGAAAAGAAGAUGCAAAGGCAGCAUGAACUUAGUGAGAGCUGUAGUGCAAGUGCCCUACAGGCAAGAUUAACAGUAGCUGCACAUGAAUCUGAGGAAGAAUCUGAUAAUAUUGCUGAAGAUUUCUUGGAAGGAAAAACUGAAAUAGAUGAUUUUCUUAGUAGCUUCAUGGAAAAGAGAACAAUUUGCCACUGUAGAAGAGCCAAGGAAGAGAAACUUCAACAGGCAAUAGCAAUGCACAUCCAGUUUCAUGCUCCACUAUAGAUUUUCCUGAAACAUGAGCUACCAAGAGAGGAAUGGGACAAACAACUAAGCACAUUGUUUUAUAUUUAUGAUUUGUGAAUUGUCAUUUCAACCCAGUGGCUGAAUUCAUAGACAAACUGUAUAGAUUGUAUACAAAACUGAGACUGAUUUUGUACGGAUUAGAAUGAUUGCUGUGAUCUUUGCCUUGAGAAAUUUUUCUGUACUCUUUGCACUAAAAAUGUUUAUUUAUUGUUGAUCAAUCCUAUCAUAUUUAAGUUCCAGCACUGUUCCCCUCUUAUUAGAGAUUAAAUAUCUGUGCAUGUCAUUAGCUUUUUGAUACUUUAUAAAAUUUACUUCAUUUAAAUUUGUAUCUUUAAUUUGAAAUUUGUCUCCUUUCUUUAUCAAGAAUGGUUAUUUAGACAUUUCCCUGUCUACUUUUUAGAAAAGAUUACCAUUUUCAAUUAUGGGAAUACCCUUUUUUCUUUCUGAAUGAUAAAACUUUCAAAAGCAAUUUGUUUUUAAAUAUUGAUAGCAUCAGGAAACACCAAACCUGCCAAUGUGCCAUC